AUGUGGGAACUUGAGGAGUGCCUGAUAAAUGGCCCACCUCUACAAUCAGCAGGCAUCCCAGAUAUGGUUAUAAUCAACCAAAGAUCCUCGUUACUUCUUGUUGUCGAGCUCAAGACCCCAUGGAUCUACGCCACUUCGACAUUGUCUAGGUGUCCUAAACAUAUACAACGAGACAAUUUUCCUACGACAGCAGAUUUCCAACCAGAGAUGGCAGCUCGAAUAUUCACCGGUUAUAAGUCAUGCAAUUCUCAGAUUGGCCAAGACCUACUCCGUCCUGUGGGAUCAGGAUAUGGUUGCGGACUCAAUCUGGCAGCUCCAGCCAAAAGGUGA